CCGGUACACCUGGUCUUUACGAGUUGAUUUUCAAGAGAAUUCCCGACGAUACCCUCUACACGGAAGACGAUAUGCACAAGUACAAGAGCAUGCUGUUGGUGACGAACGCGCACAAACACAAGUACCAUUCGCAGGGUCGAUUAUUGAGCAACAGGGGAUACAAGUACAAACAUGUAAUCGCACCGUUGAUGUCGAUCACACCCAAGAAACAGAAGAAGAAAUCUGGAAAGGGAUUACCUCAUGCAAUGAUGACAUUGAAUGACAACGCAAUCGAUUACAAGCACUGGGAUGAUCACAACGAGCUGGUGGAUCGUCUACGAUUGCUCGACGCUUCGCACCGAGCAGGCAACAACGCCCACGACAACGAGAUGCUGUCGAUCAUCGAGGAACUUCGCGAAGCUGGUCUUAUUAUAAAUUAA